AUGGGCCAUGUCCGGAUCACGCAGCCGCUGGACGUUGUGGCCGGCACGUCACUCAAGAUCACGGGCUCGGCUACCUUUGAUGGCGCGAACGUCGUGGAUGGGGACGGGUCCUUGUCUACCCCGAUGUUCUUCGUGGAAGAUUCCCAGUCGUCGCUGUGGUUAGAAGGCGUGUCUCUGACGGGUGGAGGGGGGCUGCGCGGGGGGGUCGUGGCAGCUUACCAGAACGCUUCGGUUACGCUGAUCGACUGCGAGGUGUAUGGGAAUGCCGUGUCCAACGUGGGAGGUGCGAUUUUCCUUCAAGAGUCUCGGCUCGUCACUGGCGGGACCGGCUUCGUAGACAACAGCGCGGACAAGUAUGGAGGCGCGGUGUUCGUCUCCGUUAACUCUACGGUGACAACAGAAGAGGGCAGCUUCGACAACGUUUUUCGGGAAAACGCAGCAAAAUCUGGAGGUGCCAUCUUUGUCGAGGACAGCAGCCAAGUCGACAUCAACGGAUCUGUGACGUUCGCCGGCAACAAGGCCAAAGCCGACGGAGGUGCGAUCUACGCCCGACGGGGUUCAACGGUAACGACCAACGAUGGAUUCACUUCGUUCGUCGACAACGAAUCCAAACACCACGGCGGCGCUAUCAUGGUGUGCGAGAGGUCAGGCCUUCGGGUGGCGGGAAACACGACGUUUUCGAGGAACACUGCCGAGCACCACGGAGGGGGCAUUCAGGCGAUGGAAGAAAGCUACGUGUAUCUCAUGGACGACGUGGUCUUCGAUGAGAACGUGGCAGGAAGUAACGGAGGAGCAAUACACGCGUCCGACAGAGCCAAACUCAAGACGACAGGGAACUCUCGCUUCGUCGGUAACAGGGCACAGUUCGGCGGGGCCAUUCACGGACGGCAAGAGGCAUCCGCAUCGCUGGGCGGGGACCUGAUCCUCACCAACAACACCGCUUCUUAUGACGGAGGUGCUGUCUACUUGGUUAACGCCAUGGUCAAGUUCAAAGGGAAGAAUUUUGAUUUUUGGUACAACAAUGCCUUGGAAGGUUCGGGUGGCGCCAUUUACGUCGGGAGCGUCUCCCGGCUGAGGAUAAAGGAUGUGGUCUUCUUCCGGAAUGUCGCCAUGCUGGGUGGAGCAGUUGCGACGUUUUCUUCAGGCACAGCGCCGGUGUCUAGCAGCGAAAGUGACCCCGCAGCAAUCGAUGAGAUCACCUCCAGGUAA